UCACAUGUGUUCGAUUUAUAUUAUUGAAUUUAAAUUUUUGUUUUCCAGGUAAAUUUUGGUAUUUGUGAAAAAUGAAUCAAUUUUUUGCUACUGCAAAGAACAUAUUUUUAACGAUUAAAUAUUGUAGACUUUCUCUAUUCAAUUUGGAUAAUUUUCUAAAUCGUGCUCCACCAGCUCUAGUGAUUGUUCAAUCAUCUUUGCCCAAUAUUUCAAAUGGUGGUUCACCGACAUCCAUUAAUGAUUUAAUGCAAGAUGGAUUAUUAUGGGGUGUGCCAAAAAAACGUAGAACCAUUGAAAAACGAUUAAAACGAAGAUUUGGUGUUGAAAAUUAUCCAUCGGAUGCAAAGAUAUUGAGAACAAGAAAUGAUAUUAUCAUUUGUGAACGAUGUGGUGAUCAUCAUGAAUAUUAUGCAAUCUGUCCAACAUGUUAUCGUAAAGUUAAAGAAGAAACGGAACGAAUGCGCGAUGCAUUAAGUAAACAAACGAAUCCAUUGCAACCGAAAGAAAAAGAUGUUUUAUUUCGAUUCGAAAAUGAAAAAGAUGAACAAACAUCAUCAUCCACUAGUCAUCAUGAAGAGGAAUUAAAACGCGAAUUUGAAAUCAUUGACAUUGAUCAUCCACGUCCACAAUGGUUUAGCCGUAAUCUAAUGACAAAAUCUACUGGAUCUAAAAAUUAUGAUCCAAAAAAUGUUAUCAUAGAUCCAAAAGAUUUCAUUACAAAUAAUGAGAAUAAUAAUAAAAAUUGAUUCCAUUCACUA